CUCCCUCCAUCUGCUUCCCACUUUCAUCAGAAUGGCAGCAGCAACGGCGGUGGCGGUGGCUGUGAUGACGACCAACCACCUCGCAUUCCUCUUCUUCACCUUCGUCGUGGGCUUCGUUUUGUUUUCGGCGCUGCUGCUGCUGCUGAGGAAGCGCCCAUGGUGCAGCUGUCAUGUUUGCGAGGCCUACCUGAGCUCCUCCUGGGCCGCCGAGUUCGACAAUCUCUGCGACUGGUACGCGCACCUCCUCCGGGAAUCGCCCACUGGUACCAUCCACAUCCACGUGCUGGGGAACACCGUCACCGCCAACCCGGCCAACGUGGAGUACAUGCUCCGCACACGGUUCGACAACUUCCCCAAGGGCAAGCCCUUCUCCGCCCUCCUCGGCGACCUCCUCGGCCAGGGGAUCUUCAACGUCGACGGCGACGCGUGGCGGUUCCAGCGCAAGAUGGCCAGCCUCGCGCUCGGCAGCGUCGCCGUGCGGUCCUACGCCUUCGGCAUCGUGUCGGACGAGAUCCGCCGCUGCCUGCUCCCGCUCCUCUCCUCUGUUGCUGACCGAGGGGACGGCGUCGUGGACCUCCAGGACGUGUUCCGGAAGUUCGCGUUCGACACCAUAUGCAAGAUCUCCUUCGGCCUCGACCGCGGCUGCCUCGAGCUGUCGAUGCCCAUGUCGGAGUUCGCGGCCGCCUUCGACACCGCCUCGAGGCUGUCGGCGCGUAGGGGUACCGCGACGGCGCCGGUGGUUUGGAAGCUGAAGCGGCUGCUCAACGUGGGGUCGGAGAGAGAGCUGAAGCGGGCGAUCCGAAUGAUCAACAUGCUGGCGGAGGAGGUCAUACGACAGCGCCGGAAGCAGGGAUUCGCUUCCAGCCACGACCUCCUCUCCCGCUUCAUGGGCUCGGUGGAGGAGGAGGACAAGUACCUCCGCGACAUCGUCAUCAGCUUCCUCCUAGCCGGCCGCGACGCCGUCGCCUCCGGCCUCACCAGCUUCUUCCUCCUCCUCUCGCGGCACGAGGACGUCGCGGCGGCGAUGCGCGACGAGAUCGCCAGCGUCACCAAGGGCGACGGGGACGACGUGGUGAGCUACGAGCGGCUGAAGGAGAUGCACUACGUGCACGCGGCGAUCUACGAGAGCAUGCGCCUGUUCCCGCCGGUCCAGUUCGACUCCAAGUUCUGCCUCGAGGACGACGUGCUCCCGGACGGCACCUUCGUGAGCAGGAACACGAGGGUGACCUACCACCCUUACGCCAUGGGGAGAAUGGAGAGCAUCUGGGGGCCGGAUUGGGGGGAGUUCAAGCCGGAGCGGUGGCUCCGCGGCGGAGUGUUCACCCCGGAGAGCCUGUUCAAGUACCCGGUGUUCCAGGCGGGGCAGAGGGUGUGCCUGGGGAAGGAGCUGGCGAUGGUGGAGAUGAAGACCGUCAUCGUCUCCAUGGUCACCAAAUUCGACUUCAAGGUACUUCAAGGCGGCCGGACGAUCAAGUUUGUGCCAGGGCUGACGGCGACCAUCAGCGGGGGAGUGCCAGCUCGGGUGACCCGGUGCGUGUCUCGCCGCCUACCAUAGGCCACGGUAGAUGUUGGAUACCUAGUCUUCUUUGGACUUUGCGCACCUAGAAAGGCGUUUAGCGUCGCAUCUCCCCCAUGGCUGCAGUCUGCACAGAUCCAGGAGAACCAAAGAAGCAAAGACGCCGAAAAAAAUAAUCCCAUGUAUGUAAUCGUAGAAUGGAAGUCAAUCGAUUUAGAAUUUAGUUAUGUUUAGUUGCCUCGUGAUCCUAAUUCUGAGGUGGAUCAGAUCCUCGAUCCAUCACCGAUACACCAUUAGAUUCCAGUUCAAAUAAUUGGUGGCUUCUAUCGUCACGUA